AUGCGUAUUCUUCAAGCACUCCUUCUAUUUGGGGUCGCGUUCGUGCCCAUGACUGUCGCAGUAGUGGAUGAUCCAGCCAAGGAUGCAACGCCCUAUCACGAUGAAUUCCCUCUUUUCCGCAGCGCCAAUAUGAAUUCUCCCGACAAGCUAGCCAGUGGUGUUGGCUUCCAUUCCUUCCGUAUUCCAGCGGUUGUUCGCACUGCUACCGGUAGAAUUCUCGCUUUUGCAGAGGGACGUCGACAUGAUAAUCGAGAUUUCGGCGAUAUCAACCUUGUAUACAAGCGCACCAAGACCGCCACAAAUAAUGGUGCCAGCGCCGCUGACUGGGAGACCUUGCGCGAGGUCGUUGGUAGUGGCGAUGGUACUUGGGGCAAUCCCACGCCCGUCGUGGAUGGUACAACGAUCUACCUGUUUUUGUCCUGGAACAAUGGCAGCUACAGUCAAAAGGGGAACGACGUGCUACCAGAUAAAUCCAUCACGAAGAAAAUCGAUAAGACCUGGUAUGGUCGUCGACAUUUAUUCCUUACAACCAGCGUCGAUGAUGGCAACACAUGGUCGAAACCCGAGGACUUGACGACUACAUUGACCCCUGAAAACUGGUCUUGGGAUGCUGUCGGACCGGGCAAUGGAAUUCAACUCGAUUCUGGAGAGCUUGUCAUUCCUGCCAUGGGCCGGAACAUCGUUGGUCGUGGCACGGCAGGCAAUCGGACUUGGUCACUGCAGCUUCUGAGUGGUGCUGGAGCUGAAGGCACUAUCUGCCAGACGCCAGAUGGGAAACUAUACCGGAAUGACCGAGCAAGCUCUGCAGGUCAUCGUAUUGUUGCAAGAGGCAGUCUCGAUGGGGGGUUCAGUUCAUUCACUUCAGACGAAGGGUUACCGGACCCGGCAUGCGAGGGCUCCGUGUUGAAGUAUAAUUCGGAUGCACCGGCGAGGACGAUUUUCCUCAACUCGGCUUCCACUACUAGCAGACGUGCAAUGAGAGUCCGCAUUAGUUACGACAAUGACGCUGCUAAAUUUGACUAUGGACGCAAACUUUCCGACGCUCCUGUCAGUUCGGCUGGGUACGAGGGUGGAUACUCCAGCAUGACGAAGACAGCUGACUACAAGAUUGGGGCAUUGGUUGAAAGUGACUUCUUCAAUGAUGGGACUGGGAGUGGGUCGUAUAGGUGUAUCUUCUGGCGGAGAUUCAAUCUGUCAUGGAUUUUGAAUGGCCCGGACAAUUAG